UCUCUUAUCAACUGAAAAACCUAAAACCGAUAAUUCCUAAUAGUGUUUAAUUUCGCCGAGAUUUUUGAUCAUAUUUCCAAGAAAUAACUUUCAGUUAUUCUAGGUUAGGGAAUUCGGUAUAAUGAUUUGUAACGUGCACAACAGCCGGCAUUCGUCAUCUGCUUUUUCUUAACUUUAAAUAUGUAGUUUUCCCGUUCUGAAUAAUUUCAGAGACAAUUUGCAGAAAAACUUCAUUGGAGUGACUAAGUAGGUAUUUAAAUUCAGGCCUCGAAGCUAAAGCUUAUUUGAUCCUGUGUGAAUGCUGAAGAAACAUCUGUUGUUAAAACUGCAGAUCCUCGCGUUGCAGAAUAAUGAAUUUUACUGGCGGCGGAAAGCAAACUCAAGCAGUUCUACAACUUCGAUGUUCGUCCGCUUGGGCAAGUGGAAUAAAUAAAGAGUUGGCAUAUCUUUCAGUGUUCAACAUUUUUCUGUCCAUUACUGCAGUUCUUGGCAAUAUUCUGAUCCUCGUUGCCCUUCGCAAGGAGUCUUCCCUACAUCCGCCGUCCAAACUCUUGUUUAGAUGUCUGGCCACAACUGAUCUCUGUGUUGGUCUUAUUACAGAGCCUCUCAGUAUUGUCUAUUGGAUGUCUCUGACUCAUGAACAAUGGAAACUUUGUCACUACACAGUUGUGUCUAGUGUUCUUGCGGGCUACAUUUUUUCUUCAGUAUCUUUGCUUACAGCGAGUGCAAUAAGCGUGGACAGACUUCUCGCCCUCUUGUUAGGGCUGACAUACAGACAAGUUGUAACUUUAAAGCGAACAUUUGUGAUUGUAGUACUCUUUUGGAUUAUGUCCACUGUAUCUUCGAUGUUGUACCUUUUAAAUCGCCUUAUACCUAUUUGGUAUGGCUUUAUACUUAUUCCUUUAUGUCUUGUAACGUCAAUCGUCUCAUACACAAAGAUUUUCCUUAAACUCCGUCACCAUCAAACUCAGGUACAGGGCCAUGUCCAACACGAACAACCAGGCCAACCUGUUCCACUGAACAUAGAGCGAUACAGAAAGGCAGUGUCUAGUGCACUGUGGGUGCAGUGUACAUUAGUUGCUUGUUAUCUACCAUUUCCCAUAGUGCCAGCUUUAGUAGAUGAGAGUAAUACAUCUCCAUCCAGUUCUCUCAUUUUGGAUGCUGCAUCGACUUUGAUUUACCUGAAUUCAUCGUUAAACCCGAUUCUUUACUGCUGGAAGAUCAGCGAAAUGAAGCAAGCAGUAAAAGAGACAAUCAGAGAAGCGCUUUGCUGUGUAUCGAGUUAGUUCAGCAGUCAUUAGAGCCGGUUUAAACAUGUAUUUUUCCUUACAACGGUAACGCUUCAAAUUGAUAUUGCAGUAUUAAAAGUUGUUUCUUCA